AUGGCUGGAAGUUAUAUUGUGAAUGUUCCAAAACUUAGGGGUCGUGAAAAUUACGACGAGUGGGCGUUUGCGGCAGAAAAUUUCUUAAUUUUGGAAGGUGUCGACAUCAACAAGAAAGAUGACGGCGAUGGCGGAACAUUUACCGUUGUUGACGAUCAAAAGGCAAAAGCAAAAUUGGUGAUGACAAUAGAUUCGUCGUUGUACGUGCAUAUAAAGAGUGAAAAAACUGUUUUGAGUGUAUGGAAAAAACUCAAGUCACUAUUCGACGACUCGGGUUUUACACGCAGCAUUAGCCUACUAAGAAAUUUGAUUUCUAUUCGUCUCGAGAACAGUGAGUCAAUGACGGCUUAUGUUACGCAGCUCAUCGAUACGGCGCAAAAAUUAAGAGGUACUGGCUUCGAAAUAAACGAAGAAUGGAUCGAAUCGUUACUGUUGGCGGGUUUAUCCGACAAAUUUUCGCCUAUGAUAAUGGCGAUAGAACAUUCGGGGUUAGCUAUUUCCGCUGACGUCAUAAAAACGAAACUGUUGGACAUGAGUGAUAAUGUUGGCAGCAGUGAGUCAGAAAGCGCAUUUUUAUCGUCAAAAGGUUGGCAGCACAGUAAACGGAACAAAGUUGGCAGAACUGUAGAAACGUCAUCUCGACCUGUUAAACAGAUUAAAUGCUAUAGAUGUAAACAAACUGGCCAUUAUAAAAACCAAUGUCCACAAAUUAAGGAAAAACAAGUAAAUGCUUUCAGUGCAGUAUUUCUAAAUGGCAGUUUUGAUAAACGUGAAUGGUACAUCGACUCCGGUGCAAGUAGCCACAUAAUGAUCAGCCAAGAAAACAUAAAUAAUGUAUCACAUAACCUUACUACAAAGGAGAUUAUAGUUGCAAACAAAACAACUAUGCCAGUGUUGUGCUCAGGAGAUACACAGAUCACAACAGUUGUGAACAAUAAGGAAUAUGAUAUUGUUGUUAAGGAUGUGUUAUGUAUUCCCAAUGUCACCACAAACCUAUUGUCUGUCAGUCAGCUGAUAAAGCAUGGUAACAAAGUCAGUUUUCAGCGUGAAUGUUGUUACAUCAGGAAUCAGCAGAAUGAACUGAUUGGUAUAGCACAGUUAGUGAAUGGGGUCUACAAGUUGAACACCAGGUCUGUAUGUUUGUUCGCAGCUACAGCAACACCAACAUCAGAUAUGAUAUGGCACAGAAGCCUUGGCCAUAUUAAUAGCAAAGAUAUGAAUGACAUGAGAAAUGGCGCUGUCGAAGGUUUGGAGUUUGAAAAAAAAACAGAGAUCAGCAAGUUCAAUUGUACAGUGUGCUGUGAAGGAAAACAAACCAGAUUACCAUUUCCACAUAGCAACCACAGGAGUGAGCAUGUCCUUGAGAAGAUACAUGCAGAUGUGUGUGGACCAAUGGAGACUAAGUCAAUAGGUUAUUCCAGGUAUUUUUUGUUUUUUGUGGAUGAUUUCAGCAGGAUGUCAUUUGUCUAUUUUUUGCAGAAUAAAAGUGAAGUCUACUCCUAUUUUAAAGAGUUCAAAGCCAUGGUUGAAAAACAGAUGAAUUGUAGUAUAAAAGUGUUACGAACAGAUAAUGGCACAGAAUUUUGUUCAAAUGAAAUGAGAAAUUAUUUGAAACAAUGUGGCAUAAUUCAUCAGAGAACCAACCCCUACAACACCCCAGAACAAAAUGGGAUGUGUGAAAGAUUUAAUCGCACAAUUGUGGAACGAGCCAGAUGCUUACUCUAUGAUACUAAGUUCAAGAAGAAGUUUUGGGCUGAAGCAGUUCACACAGCAGUGUAUUUAAAAAAUAGAAGGGUUGGAACAAUAGCCUCUGGGCUGAACCAAAAAACUCCUUAUGAACUUUGGACUGGCUGUAAACCAAAUGUUCGUCAUAUAAGAGUGUUUGGAAGCACAGUUAUGGCCCACAUUCCUAAAGAGAAAAGGGUUAAGUGGGAUAAAAAAGCAGAAAAACAUUAUUUAGUUGGGUUUGAUGAAAAUGUGAAAGGGUACCGGCUGUAUAACCCCAAAACUAAUAAGGUUAUAACAAGUAGGGAUGUCACUAUCAUUGAACAGGACAAUUCAGAAAUGAUGGAAGCUAUAAUAAAUGAAAACAAGUCAUAUUCUGAUAGUGUUGACCAGCUUACUGAUUCUGAUGGCUCAGACUCUGAACUAUCAACUAGUACAGUGAAGAGUAACAAUAAUGACCAUACAUACAUAGAAGAAGAAUCUAACUUAAACAAUAGUACUUCAGAUGAUUUUUUUGACAGUGUACCAGUAAGGGAGUUAAAAAAUUUACAGAAUAUAAAACCAGAUAAGGUCACAAGAGAUAGAAAAAAGCCUGAUAGGUUUGGUUACAGCAAUGUGUGUAUUGAAACAGAUACAGAUCCAUGUGGAGACCAUUUAAUAACGUAUGAAGAGGCUUUAAAUGGUCUAGAAUCAAAGGAAUGGUAUAAAGCUAUGCAGGAGGAAUUGCAAUCAUUUAGAAAAAAUGAAGCUUGGGAAGUGGUGGACAGGCCAAAGCAAGCUACAGUGGUUAAGUGUAAGUGGGUGUUAAAGAAAAAAGUGGACAGUGAUGAUAACAUAAGAUAUCAUGCUCGGUUAGUUGCUAAAGGUUUUACACAGAAAGCAGGAAUAGACUAUACCGAAACUUUUUUCCCAGUGGUUCGUCACGCAACAAUAAGACUAUUGUUUGCAUUAAGUGUUAAAUAUAACCUAGAUAUAACUCACUUUGAUGUUACCACAGCAUUUUUAAAUGGGCAUUUAAAUGAAAAUGUAUACAUGUGUUUACCUGAGAAUUUUGAAUGUCAUGAUAGGGAGAACAAAGUGUUAAAAUUAAAGAGCGCAAUCUAUGGAUUGAAACAAUCAGCUAGGGCAUGGUAUAAGCGUGUAGAUGAUUGUUUACAAUCUUUUGCAUAUAAAAAGUCAGUGUAUGAACCUUGUUUAUUUAUUAAACAACAUAAUACUACCAGAACAUAUAUAGCUUUGUUUGUAGAUGAUUUUUUUAUUUUUUCUAAUUGUAAAAGAGAAACUGAAUGUCUUAAGAUUGAAUUAAAAUCUAAAUUUAAAUUAAAAGACUUGGGAGACAUUAGACAGUGCUUGGGUAUGAGGGUCAGAAGAAAAAAAGAUGAGAUUUUUGUAGACCAGGAACAAUUUGUUGAUCAUUUGUUGAAUAAGUUUAAUAUGAAAAAUUGUAAACCAGUCAGUACACCGAUGGAGAAAAAGAAAAACGAAGAACUGACAGUAUGCGUAUAUGACUUGCAAGCAGUAUUUCAGUGUCCAAAAGGUGAGAUAUCCGUCUUUUACUACAAAUCAAAAUUGAAUGUACUCAAUCUCACACUAUAUGACGUCCAGAAGAAUACUGUAGAAUGUUAUGUAUGGGAUGAAGCAAAUGCAAGCAGAGGUGUGAACGAAAUAGAGGACAUACCCAAAAUGAAGGGGAUUCGGCACACUCACAAAUCGAAAGACAAGUGCGAAGAGAAUUGCGACGAGGACCUAUGUACACGUCCGAUGCAUUCAUCAGUGCUAUCAAACCUGAUCGUUAAAAGAGAGUGCCAUUCCGAGUGA